GCGCCAUGGGGCUGGCCUCGCGCGCGCUCUGCGGCGCCGCCGGGGCCGCCUGGCGAGAGAGCUUCCCCCUGGGCGGUCGCGACGUGGCGCGCUGGUUCCCGGGACACAUGGCCAAGGGGCUGAAGAAGAUGCAGAGCAGCCUAAAGUUGGUGGACUGUAUCAUCGAGGUCCAUGAUGCCCGGAUUCCACUUUCAGGCCGCAAUCCUCUGUUUCAGGAAACUCUUGGGCUUAAGCCUCACAUGCUGGUCCUCAACAAAAUGGACUUGGCGGAUCUGAAAGAGCAGCAGAAAAUUAUACGACACUUAGAAGGAGAAGGCCUAAAAAAUGUUGUUUUCACCAACUGUGUAAGGGAUGAGAAUAUCAAGCAGAUCAUCCCGAUGGUCAGAGGACUGGUUGAGAGCAGUUACCGCUAUCAUCGAGGAGAGAGCCUGGAGUACUGUGCCAUGGUGAUCGGGAUCCCCAAUGUGGGCAAGUCCUCACUCAUCAACGCGCUCAGGAGACAGCACCUCAGGAAAGGAAAAGCUACCAGGGUGGGCGGUGAGCCUGGGAUCACCAGAGCUGUGAUGUCCAGAAUUCAGGUGUGUGAGCGGCCACUGAUGUUCCUGCUGGACACUCCCGGGGUGCUGGCCCCUCGGAUCGAAAGUGUGGAGAUGGGCCUGAAGCUGGCCCUGUGCGGAACCGUGCUGGACCACCUGGUGGGGGUGGAGACCCUGGCCGACUACCUUCUCUACACUCUCAACAGGCACCAGCUCUUUGGGUACGUGCAGCACUACGGUCUGGACGGAGCCUGUGAUGACAUAGCCAGUGUGCUGAAGCGGGUGGCUGUGAGGCUGGGGAAGACGCAGAAGGUGAAGGUGCUCACAGGCACAGGGGAUGUGAACGUCAUCCAGCCCAACUACUCUGCGGCAGCCCAAGACUUCCUCCGCACCUUCCGCAGUGGGCUGCUCGGCCCAGUGAUGCUGGACAGGGAUGUCCUGCAGAGACCCCCCUUGGCAGACCCCUGAACCAGUCCAGCUGGCAGGGGCUUCACUCCUGCCUGGCCCUUGGCACCACAGAUUGGGACAUCCCAGGCCCUCACAGCCAAGAAUUU